AUGGGGUCCUGUAGAUGCAAGUCACUGAACGAUGUCCUCCAAAGCAAAGAUCCUGAGGGCUUCUCUGGGACUUCCGAGCAGGACCUGGUCGAAGAGGAGGACAUGGACUCCAGGUUGCAGAGCUUUCUGGGAAACAUGAAGGAAGGGUUUCUGAGGAAACUCAACUUAUCAGAUGUCCCACAAGACCACAGCAAGAUAUACCCACCUCCGUUCAUGAUUGAACUGUACAACAAGUAUGCCUUUGACAAGUCCGCUAUGCCUCGUUCUGAUGUCAUUCGCAUCUUCACCGUUCAAGGUAUGUACAUAAGCAAGUCAAAAAUUAAUUUUGGGGACAAGACUUUCGUUACCGGGUUUUUUAUAAGUUAACACAACAUUUACGUACGUACAGUGCCUUCAGAAAGUAUUCACAACCCUUGACUUUUUCCACAUUUUGUUGUGUUACAAAGUGGGAUUCAAAUGGAUUUAAUUGUCAUUUUUGGUCAACGAUCUACACAAAAUACUCUGUAAUGUUAACGUGGAAGAAAAAAUCUAACAUUUAUGAAAUAUUUAUGAAAAAUAAAACGCUAAUAUAUCUUGAUUAGAUAAGUAUUCACCCCCCUGAGACAAUACAUGUUAGAAACACCUUUGGCAGUGAUUACAGCUGUGAGUCUUUUUGAAUAAGUCUCUAAGAGCUUUGCACACCUGUUUUGUACAAUAUUUGCUUAUUAUUCUUCAAUCUCUGUCAAAUUGGUUAUUGAUCAUUGUUAGAAAGCCAUUUUCAAGUCUUGCCAUAGAUUUUCAAGCCUAUUUAAGUCAAAACUGUAACUAAGCCACUCAGGACAAUUCAAUGUCAUCUUGGUAAGCAACUCCAGUGUAGAUUUGGCCUUGUGUUUUAGGUUGUUGGUUCAUUUGCCUCCCAGUGUCUGUUGGAAAGAAGACUGAAGCAGGUUUUCCUCUGGGAUUUUGCCUGUGCUUAUAUCUGUAUUCCGUUUAUUUUUAUCCUGAAAAACUCCCUAGUCUUUGCCGAUGACAAGCAUACCCAUAACAUGAUGCAGCCACCACCAUGCUUGAAAAUAUGAAGAGUGGUACUCAGUGAUGUGUUGUGUUGGAUUUGCCCAAAACAUAACCCUUUGUAUUCAGGAGAAAAAUUAUAUGUUCUCUGCUACAUUUUUUACAGUAUUACUUAUGUGCCUUGUUGCAAACAGGUUGCAUGUUUUGGAAUAUUUUGUAUUCUGUACAAGCUUCCUUCUUUUCACUCUGUUAUUUAAGUUAGUAUUGUGGAGUAACUACAAUGUUGUUGAUCCAUCCUCAGUUUUCUCAUACAGUAUCUGUCACGAUCGUCGGGAACAGAUGAGGACCAAGGCGCAGCGUUGCAGGCAAACAUACUCUUUAUUGAGCGAAACGCGAUCAAAACAACAAAGACGUUAACGUGACAGUACACGGUCAAACACAACCAACUUGAAACAAGAACCCACAAAAAACAAAGGAAAAACCGACAGUUUAAAUAUGGCUCCCAAUCAGAGACAACCAGCAAACAGCUGACACUCGUUGCCUCUGAUUGGGAGUCACUCAGGCCAACAUAGAAAUAGGGAACAUAGAUCUACACACCCUGGCUCAACAUAACAGUGUCCCCAGAGCCAGGGCGUGACAGUACCCCCCCCUAAAGGCGCGGACUCCGACCGCGCCAACUAAAUACCACAGGGGAGGGACCGGGUGGGCACUCCGCCUUGGCGGCGGAUCCGGCUCUGGGCCCGAUCCCCACUCCCUCUCCAACCCCCCAAAGUACCCCUGGUCCGGUCUGGCCCCGCUGGCCGGAGCCGGACUGACGACACGCACCCCUGGCUUGGUGCGUGGAGCAGGAACGGACCGGACCGGGCUGACGAUGCGCACCCCUGGCUUGGUGCGUGGAGUAGCAACUGGCCGGACCGGGCUGACGAUACACACCCCUGGCUUGGUGCGUGGAGCAGGAAUGGACCGGACCGGGCUGACGAUGCGCACCCCUGGCUUGGUCCGUGGAGUAGCAACUGGCCGGACCGGGCUGACGAUACGCACCCCUGGCUUGGUGCGUGGAGCAGGAAUGGACCGGACCGGGCUGACGAUGCGCACCCCUGGCUUGGUGCGUGGAGGAGGAACGGGCCGAGCCGGGCUGACGAUACGCACCCCUGGCUUGGUGCGGGGAACAGGCACGGGCCGUGCUGGACUGACGACGCACACCACUGGCCUGGUGUGGAGAGCAGGAGCGGGCCGGACAGGGCUGACGAAACGCACCCCAGACUUGGUGCGGGGAGCAGGAAUGGGCCGGACUGGGCUGGCGACGCGCACCACAGACUUGGUGCGGAGAGCAGGAACGGGCCGGACCGGGCUGACGAAACGCACCACAGACUUGGUGCGGGGAGCAGGAACGGGCCGAGCCGGGCUGACGAGACGCACCACAGACUUGGUGCGGGGAUCAGGAAUGGGCCGGACUGGGCUGGCGACGCGCACCAUUGACCUGGUGCGGAGAGCAGGAACAGAACGGGCCGGGCUGGCGACGCGCACCAUUGGCCUGGUGCGGGGAGCAGGAACAGGACGGGCCGGGCUGACGACACGCACCACAGGCUCGAUGCGAGGAACAGGGACAGGCCGGACCGUACUGGGGACACACACCACUGGCCCUAUGCAGGGAUCAGGAACGGGCCGGACCGGACUGGUAACACACCCCAGUACCUCUCGCCGUGCCUCCACACUUUCCUUCCCCUUUAACACCAGUGGCCCCCGUAACCUGGCGGCCUCCUCUGUCAACCCGCUGGACCGCUCUAUCGCGGCCUCCUGCUGCCCCGACGUCCACGUCGUGAGCCCCCCCCUAAAAAAAUUCUGGGUGUCUCCCCUCCCCGUGGACCAGGCCUCCCUAGUUCUCGCCAGACUCUCACCCCACUGCUCCAAAGUCCAACCACUCUGCUCUUCACUUGGCUUGGCCCAGUCGAGACUCUUAAUCCAUUGCUCCAUAGACCAGCCUCUCUGCUCUUCACUUGGCUGGGCCCAGUCGAGACUCCUACUCCACUGAUCCCAGGUCCAUCCUCUCUCCUCUUCACGCUGCUUGGUCCUGUCUUGGUGGGUUCUUCUGUCACGAUCGUCGGGAACAGAUGAGGACCAAGGCGCAGCGUUGCAGGCAAACAUACUCUUUAUUGAGCGAAACGCGAUCAAAACAACAAAGACGUUAACGUGACAGUACACGGUCAAACACAACCAACUUGAAACAAGAACCCACAAAAAACAAAGGAAAAACCGACAGUUUAAAUAUGGCUCCCAAUCAGAGACAACCAGCAAACAGCUGACACUCGUUGCCUCUGAUUGGGAGUCACUCAGGCCAACAUAGAAAUAGGGAACAUAGAUCUACACACCCUGGCUCAACAUAACAGUGUCCCCAGAGCCAGGGCGUGACAGUAUCACAACCAUCAAACUCUGUAACUGUUUUAAAAUCACCAUUGGCUCAUGGUGAAAUCCCUGAGCAGUUUCCUUUCUCUCCAGCAACUGAGUUAGGAAGGACGCCUGUAUCUUUGUAGUGACUGGGUGUAUUGAUAACUAUCCAAAGCCUAAUUAAUAACUUCACCAUACUCAAAGGGAUAUUCAGCGUCAGUUCUUUUUAUUUUUACACAUUUACCAAUCGUCGCCCUUCUUUGAAAAACCUCCCUGGUCUUUGUGGUUGAAUCUUUGCUUGAAAUUCACCACUUGAUUGAGGCUCCUUACAUAUAAUUGUAUGUGUGGGGUACAGAGAUGGGGUAGUCAUUCAAAAAUCAUGUUAAUUAUUGAACACAGAAUGAGUCCAUACAACGUAUUAUGCGAUUUGUUAAGCAUAUUUGUACUCCUGAACUUAUUUAGGCUUGCCAUAACAAAGGGGUUGAAUGCUUAUUGACUCAAGACAUUUCAGUUUUUAAUUUCCCCCAAAAUUUCAAAUUUUUUCUACAAACAAAAUUCCACUUUGACAUUAUGGGGUAUUGUGUGUAGAUCAGUGACACAACAUCUCAAUAUAAACAAUAACAAAUUCAGGCUGUAACACAACAAAAUGUGGAAAAAGUUAAGGGGUGUUGGCCCCGUGUAGCUCAGUUGGAAGAGAAUGGCGCUUGCAACGCCAGGGUUGUGGGUUCGAUUCCCACGGGGGGCCAGUCGCUCUGGAGAAGAGUGUCUGCUAAAUGACUAAAAUGUAAAUGGGUGUGAAUACUUUCUGAAGGCAUUAUGUUAGUACUGUAUGCCUGUGUGCGUCUAAGGCUAUUGAAACAAAUAAGUUAUAUCAAAUAUGAAACUACAUAUGCCUGUUGCCUACUUUCACAGAUGUCAGUCACUCUGCAAAAAAUGGCACCAAGUCAAAACACAGACUGCUGUUCAAUGUAACUGUCCCAAAUCACGAAGAGGUCACCAUGGCGGAACUCAGGCUGUUCACCCUGCUGGAUAAUAGUGUGACCUCAACCACCAAUGGGAUCGGGGCUUCCAUAAAUGUCUAUGAAGUGGAGUACAAAGGAAACAAGGUCACAGCCCACCUUGUGAAUGGGAAAGAGGUCAUUGGGGCCAAUCACUCUUGGGAAGCUUUCGAUGUGACCACCGCCAUCCAGAGUUGGGUCAAAUCGGGCCGUGAGGCCAGUGAGUUUGAGGUGGUGGUCGACAGGUGGGACUGAGGGCAUUUCAAAGGCGGAGGUUUGGACGUGAGCAUGGGUGUGGGGGAUAACCAGUCAGCUGCUUUGAUCGUUUUCUCUGAUGACCUGGGGAUCAGGAAGAGAGAAGCCAAGAAGGAGCUGAGGGAGGAGAUAGUCUAUGAGGAAGAGACGCUCUUCUCAGGGAGCGACUGGCAAGGGCCCGACUUCAAUGAGAUCCCCGUGGACUUACACCACAGGUGGAAGAGGCAGGGGGACACCAGCUACUGCCGACGGACCUCCAUGCGCGUCAAAUUCAAAGAUAUCGGCUGGGACCAGUGGAUCGUAGCGCCCCCUGAGUAUGAUGCCUUUGAGUGUAGAGGGGUAUGUUAUUACCCCCUGAAUGACGACAUGACCCCUUCCAAACACACCCUCAUCCAAACCCUGGUCAAUUUCAAGAACCCCAAAAAAGCCAACAUGGCAUGUUGCGUUCCCACAAAACUGGCCCCCAUCACGGUCAUGUACCAGGAGAAUGGUGUCAUCACUGUGCGACAUAUGUACGAGGAGAUGAAGGUGGCAGAGUGUGGAUGUAGGUAG